AUGUAUUCCUUGUCGCAGCGUAUUAACCAGGUGUUCAACGUUGCCGUGCUUUAUGGUGGUGUGAUUGUUGUUUUGGUAGCGCUGGUAUCGCAAUGGCAACUGAUCCAUGACAAUGCGUUUGGGUUGAGUUCCAGCAUUGGUGGUGUUUCUCCUAGUUUUAAUGUUAGAACCAGUAGGUACUAUGGUUCUGUGAAAGGUCAACCAAAGGAGAACAUGAGGAUUGAAUUUGACUUAGAUGCUGACUUGUCUCCGCUAUUCAAUUGGAACACGAAACAAGUAUUUGUAUACCUAACAGCUAGUUAUAACGGUACUGAGAAGGCUAGGGGCCAUACAGUUAACACUGUUACCCUUUGGGAUAAGAUUAUUAAAACUCCAAAGGAGGCAGAAUUGCAUUUGGAGCACGCUAAGGGUAAGUACCCGGUGUGGGAUUUGGAAGACAAAUUUUCAGGUAAAGACCUUACUUUUGAAUUGCAAUGGAACAUUCAACCAUGGGUAGGUAUAUUGACCUUUGGUCAAACUACUGGAAGCGAGGUAGUAAAAGUUGAGCCAAAAAAGAAACCUUCCCCAACUCCUAACGCUGACGCUAGUCAACAAGAACAGCAACAACAGCAUCAGCAACCAAAGAAGAAGAAGAGGGUGCCAAAGAAUGCCAACGCAUGA